CAUUUCACUGAGACCAUGCGAAAUAAACUAGUUUCGGUUAUAAUAAAGGAUCAAAUUCGCUCCCAAGUCAUUUUAAAUAGAUCAAGGUUUAUAAUUUUAGCAAAAGGCAUUGAAGAAUUAUUUCCUUCUGAAACAGAGGAAACUUAUUUCAUACUUUACUGUAAAGAGGGUUUUAUAAUAAGUCCCAAUAGAGGUAAACUAUAUGGAAAAUUUUGUAAUAUUAAAAAGGAAAUGAGCAAGAUAUGUAAUAAAAAGAAAACACAUCUAUCAUCGUCUGAUCAAGAAAUAAAUUUGAAUCAUGAAGAUUAUAAAGACUCAUUAACCUGGCUCAAAAACAAUAUAGAACCGGACGUUACUCUUCAUAAACUCUGGAAAGCGACAGCUUCAUAUCGAUUAAAAGACAAAAAUAAUAAUAUGUUGAACACAUAUAUAGCCCUUAGCAAACCUACUGGUCAUAUUUUUAUUGAUAUAGAUUUUAAUUAUAUGUAUGUUGGAAAAGAAAUGAGUUUAUUUGAAAAAUUUCCCAUUUUCAAGGAAAAAUUAAAAGUAUACUUGGAAAUUAAAGAAAUUAAUAUUAGCAAAAGUCUUAUUGACAAACUAAUUGCUCCAUAUAGACCUGGUGAUGACGAUAUUGCUGUGUUUCAAAUUCUCCCAUAUUUAUUUCAGCCUUUCAGUAUUAUUGUUCAAAAGCCACCGAAAAAUACUCGUACUAUUGGGGCAUCAAAGAUAGAACAAGCGGCUGCUUUUAUUUCAAAUGCUACAAAUGCUAAUGAUUUGAAAAAGGUACAAUCAGAUAAAAUUAAUAAGGCAUUUUCAUUAGGCUUAACUGUACAGCCAUUUGUGGUUUUUGUUGGUGAAAGUGAUUUGGAUGAAAACAUUUCAAAUAAUCCACUAUCAUUUUACACAGUUGUUUAUGAAACAUAUUACAAAGUGGAAACAAUUUUAAAAGCAUUUGAUGUGUGCUUCAAAAGCUUCCAUACACUUAAUUUGAAGUACCGAUUUGAAGCUGAGCAGGUAUGGAAAUUUAUACAGGAAUAUUUUUAUAAAAUUCCAGAAAAUAGAGGAGAAACUUAG